AUGCGAUCGGUCGUAACUCGCUGCGCUCUAGUUGUCGCUUUGGUGUUGGCGGCGUCGUACGGUUUCGCCGAGCAUGUCUGUCGUUACUGCCAGGCCGGCGCCGCGGCGGAGGCCGCCAAGCAUGGCCCGCACUACGCGCCGGACCGUGUGGUCGAUGUGAAGCACAUCAAGAUCGACGUGACGCCCGACUUCGCGGCGAAGACGAUCCACGCCACGACGACGCUCGAGUUCGCGCCCAUCGCCAAGCCAGCGCGGCUGGUGACGCUCAACGCCGUGGGCCUGCGCGUCGAGAAGAUCGACGCCAGCCGCAAGCUCGCCGAGCACUCUUCGACGGGCGAACACCUCAAGCUGCUCUUCGAAGAGCCGAUCCCCGUCGGCGAGACGGUGAAGGUCGCCAUCACUUACACGGCCGAACCGAAGAAGGGGCUCUACUUCCGCACCGAGGACAUGGGCUACCCCAAGGGUGAGGAUCAUAUCUGGACGCAGGGCGAAACGCACGAAGCGCCGCACUGGUUCCCCUGCUUCGAUUACCCGAACGAGCGUUCGACAACCGAGGUCAUCUGCCGUGUGCCGGAAGAGAUGACGGCGCUCUCGAACGGGAAGCUCAUCGACGAGACCGUUGAUGAAGCGACCGGCCUCAAGGCCGUCCACUGGCGCCAAGGGAAGCCGCACGUGAAUUACCUCGUCUGCUUGUGCGCGGGGCACUUCGCGAAGCUCGAGAAGGAAGCGUCGGGCGUGCGGUUGGGCUUCUACACGCAGCCGAGCUUCAUCGACGAGGCGCCGAACUCGUUCCAGGACACGGCCGCGAUCCUCGAGUUCUUCCAGGAGGAGAUCGGCGUCCCGUACCCGUGGGACAAGUACGACCAGGUCACUAUCCUGGACUACAACUGGGGCGGCAUGGAAAACACCACGCUCACCACCCUCACGCACGAGACGGUCUACUCCGACGCCACCGAGAACGUCCGCUCUUCGCAGGGGCUCGACGCCCACGAGUUCGCCCACCAGUGGUUCGGCGACUACGUCACUUGUAAAGAUUGGAGCCACAUCUGGCUCAACGAGGGCUUCGCCACCUACUACACGCACCUCUACGCCGGCCACAAGGACGGCCGCGACGCGCUGCUCUAUGGUCUGUGGCGUGACGCGACCGGUUCGGUGCUGCCGGCGAUCAUCAAGAACGGCGACACGAAGCCGAUCGUCUACCGCAAUUACGCCGAGGCGUUCGACCAGUUCGACUACCGCGCGUACCCCAAGGGGAGCUGGGUGCUGCACAUGCUCCGCAGCCGCCUGGGCGAGGACCUGUAUCGCGAAGCGAUCAAGAAGUACCUCGAGCGCCACGCGUUGUCGAGCGUCGUGACGGACGACCUGCGGCAGGUGCUCGAAGAGGUGUCGGGCCAGCCGCUCGACGCGUUCUUCGACCAGUGGGUCUACCACGGCGGCGCGCCGAAGCUCGAGGUGUCGCACGAUUGGAAGCCCGAGGAGAAGCUCCUCCGCGUCACGGUUAAGCAAGGCGAGCCGAUCGAGGGGAAGACGAUGCUGUUCACGUUCCCUGUAAUGCUCCGCGCCCACGUCGGCGACGAGGUCGUCGAUCACGAGGUCGAGAUCACCAAGACCGAGCAAGACUUCUACUUUAAGCUCGACGCACAGCCCGACGUCGUCCGCUUCGACCCGCAGUUCACCGUGCUGGCGGAGGUGAAGCACGAGAAGUCGGAAGAGAUGCUCGAGAAGCAGCUUCAGCUCGCCGACGACAUGAUCGGCCGGCUUCUCGCCGCCGAGGCCCUCGGCGAGAAGGAUAGCAAGGCGGCGACCAAGGCGCUCGCCGCGGCGCUGGGCGAGGACAAGUUCUACGGCGUCCGCAUCGCGGCGAGCAAAGCCCUCGGAGAGCAGGGGACCGACGACGCGCUCGACGCGUUGCUCGCCGGUCGCGAGCAGUCCGACGCGCGCGUCCGGCUGCAAGUGGUCGAAGACAUCGGCAAGUUCUUCGAUACGAAGGCGUACGAAGUAUUGAAUGCCGUUGUGGCGAACGAGAAGAACCCCGACAUCGUCGCCGCGGCGCUCAGCGGCCUCGCCAAGUACCCCGAAGCGGCGGCCGGCGAGGCGAUCGCAAGAGCGCUCGAUAGCGAAUCCUUCCAGAACCAACUCGCCAUCGCCGCGGCGCGGGCGCUCGGCAAGCGGCGCGACCCGGCGCUCCGCGACCGUCGAUUUGAGUUGCCGGGGCGUCGCUAUGGCGAGGUGCUGGUGGGCGUCGGUCGAGUCGGGCGUGAACUUGAGGACAAGACGAUCGUGCGUGAGUUCCUCGCGGAGCUGCUCCAGGACCCCGUGAUCGCGGUGCGACUCGGCGCGAUCGAAGGGCUGGGCGAACUCGGCGACAAGCGCGCGAAGCCGCUGCUGGGCGACCUCGCCGCCACCUCGGGCAAAGAAGCGACCACUGCCAAGAAAGCGCUCCAGCGCCUCAACGCCACGCCGAGCGAUCCGCCCGAAGCGGUCGAGGACCUGCGCGAGCAACUCGACAAGUUGCGUGACGAGCAGAAGGAGUUGAAGAAGCAGGUCGAGCAGCUGCAGGCGACGUGA